CCGCUAGUUUGGCUCGGGUCUAGGUUGCCAGUAAGUGGCAUGCGGGACUCCGGAGGGAUCCCAAUGAGCUGAACCGAGAGAGCCUUUGUGUGCAGAGGGAGGAGGCGGCGGCGGCCGCCUGCUGGAGACCCCACCGGGGAGCCGCGGGCAGGAACAAUGCUAGCCUGUCUGACCCGCGGGAACUUACUGGACGUGCUGCAGGAGGGGUUCAAUGAGCAACAGCUGCAGGCCUAUGUGGCCUGGGUGAAUGCCCAGCUGAAGAAGCGGCCGUCUGUGAAGCCUGUGCAGGACCUGCGACAGGAUCUUCGAGAUGGGGUGAUCCUGGCCUAUCUCAUCGAGAUUGUUGCAGGAGAAAAGCUAAGUGGAGUACAAUUAAGUCCUAGUAAUCAACAAGAGAUGAAGAGUAAUGUGGAGAAAGUGCUACAGUUUGUGGCUUCCAAAAAGAUCCGGAUGCACCAGACUUCGGCUAAAGAUAUCGUGGAAGGAAACCUGAAGUCCAUCAUGAGACUGGUCCUUGCCUUGGCAGCUCAUUUCAAACCUGGCUCUAGCAGGACAGUGAGCCAGGGGCGGGACUCCAGAGCCCCUGUACAGAGUCACCAGCCACACUGUGCUACUGCUGUGGCCCAAGGAGCAGCUGCUGCACUGGCAGACGUGUGCCAUGACGUGUCACGGUCUGGACGGGAUGUCUUCCGAUACCGACAGAGGAACAGCAGCAUGGAUGAGGAGAUUGAGAAUCCAUACUGGAGCGUGCGGGCACUGGUGCAGCAGUAUGAAGGGCAGCAAAGGUCCCCGUCUGAGUCCAGCUGCUCCAGCCUAACUUCACCCAGUCCAAUCCACAGUGCAAAGAGUGAAUCCAUUAUAACCCACUCGGAAGAGAAGGCAGAUUUUGUGAUUAUUCCUUCUGAAGGAAUAGAGAACAGAACAGGGGAGACAGAUUCUCCAUUAUCCCGAGACUGGAGGCCAGGGAGUCCCAGAACCUUCCUGGAGACCUCAUGGGAAGAACAGCUGUUGGAACAACAAGAACAUUUAGAAAAAGAAAUGGAGGAAGCAAAGAAGAUGAUAUCAGGACUACAGGCCCUAUUACUCAAUGGAUCUUUACCUGAAGAUGAACAGGAGAGGCCUUUGGCCCUCUGUGAACCAGGAGUCAAUCCUGAGGAACAACUGAUCAUAAUCCAGAGUCGUCUGGAUCAGAGUAUGGAGGAGAAUCAAGACCUAAAGAAAGAGCUGCUGAAAUGUAAACAAGACGCCAGAAACUUGCAGGGGAUAAAGGAUGCCUUGCAGCAGAGGUUGUCUCAGCAGGACACAGCUGUUCUUCAGCUCAAACAAGAACUCCUAAGAGCAAAUAUGGACAAAGAUGAGCUGCAUAAUCAGAAUGUGGAUCUGCAGAGGAAGCUAGAUGAGAGGAACAGGCUCUUAGGAGAAUAUAAGAAAGAGCUGGGGCAGAAAGAUCGCCUCCUUCAGCAGCACCAGGCCAAAUUAGAAGAAGCACUCCGAAAACUCUCAGAUGCCAGUUACCAGCAGGUGGAUCCAGAACGGGAGAUAGAACGUAAAGAAGUCCUUUUGGCUCAUUGCAUGAAAAGAGAGGCAGAUGAGGUGACCAGCUACAACAGUCACAACUCUCAAAGCAAUGGUUUUCUCCUUCCAGUGACAGGGAAAGGAGCUGCUUCUAUUACCCACAAAGGGACCAGCGACUUGCAGCUUGUCCGAGACGCUCUGCGCAGCUUGCGCAACAGUUUUGGUGGCCACGAUCCACAGCACCAUACCAUAGACAGCCUGGAGCAAGGCAUCUCCAGCCUCAUGGAGCGCCUACAUGUCAUGGAGACACAAAAGAAACAAGAAAGGAAGGUUCGGGGCAAGUCACUUAGAACACAAGCAAGUAGUGAAUACCGGGAGUCAUGGCCCCCUAAUUCAAAGCUGCCCCACUCCCAGAGUUCUCCAGCUGUCAGCAGCACCUGCACUAAAGUGCUCUACUUCACUGAUCGCUCACUUACACCCUUCAUGGUCAAUAUACCAAAGAGGUUGGGGGAGGUGACACUGAAGGAUUUUAAAGCAGCCAUAGAUCGGGAAGGGAAUCACCGAUAUCACUUCAAAGCGCUGGAUCCUGAGUUUGGCACUGUCAAAGAGGAGGUUUUCCACGAUGAUGAUGCCAUCCCUGGAUGGGAAGGGAAAAUUGUAGCCUGGGUGGAAGAAGACCUUGGAGAGAAUUAAUGCUGAGUAUCAGAAGUGGGACAUUCCCUGGCUACUUCUCUCAGGAAAGAGGACUUACACCAGAGUACGCUAAGGAGUUUCUAAUCUGUGCUGCCAAAACAGAAGCUUCUCCAAGUAUGAUGCUAACAGGCCAGUCCUGUUUCUGUGCCUGGCACAUCUGGUACUUAAAUCCCUGUCCAAGUGUAGGCCAUGGGUUCAUCUGGAGUUCCUUGUCCGUGGGAACAGUGUUUUCUACUCUGAGGACAACAAACCAAAGGCCUUAACCAAUGGGGAUGGAUGGUCCCGCUCCUGAAGGGGCAUGGCUGCUAUUAUCUGGAACCUGGUCUCGGAUGCAUCGCUCCUUUACAUGAUAGUGUUAACUGGCCACAAUGGUUGCAACAGAGUCCUGGCAUUUGUGCUUACAGACAAGGCGAAGGUACCAGCUUUUCUGCUUCUGUGCAGGUCUUGCAAACCAGGAGUAACUCAGGAGGUGGUACCAAAGAUGAAAGCCCAUUCUUAUCUAUUGAACUGGACAUGGAUGGUGCUGAUUUGUUGAUUGGAUGGAAAAAGGGCUGUCCAUACUGUGCUAUACUAUGCUAAACCAUAAUUAAGACCUUGGGCUGCCUCUUCUGGUCUUAACUGGUUCUUCAGCUUGUCCUUUAGCCCAUAUAGGGCAUAUUUCAUGUACUGCUGGUUCUCUCGGGGGACUCUAGUUUUAGAGCCAUUUAUUUUUCUUCAAAAUGAUAGACUGUGUGUUUGAAAGGAGUAAGAAGUAAGACUCUUUAACAGUGCAGGCAGGUAUGGAAAGGUGCUGCUACCCAUAUCUUCUUGACUUUGCCUCAUGACUUUAGCUAAUACAUCUCAGUUGCAGUUAAAAGGAGACAGACCAUUGAUUUGUGUUUGUGAGUUAGGAGCAUGACUUCCUGCUCUGCCCCUCAUCUCAAGGUUACAGUUGUUUUCUAUCACAGGCUUAGUCUAGACUCAUUCUUUAGGGCACAAGAGAACCCAUGGGAUGUGGAGCAUGAGUUGUGAAUACUAGGGAUGAUUAAAGGGGAAGAAACCUAAAAUCACUCAUGUGCAACAUUACCAUGGGUAGAAGCCCAAGUGUCUACAUCCAGAUUGGUCAGUAACUUUUUUCAAAUUCAUCCACCUAGCACCAUUAGCCAGCCAUUAUUAUUUAUUUGUGCAUUCCCUAAAGCAGUCUGUGACCACAAUUAUACACUGCCAAAAAGAGCUUCUGAGUGGGACAGGACAGUUCUGGGUUCCUGGUUUGCCUCCCUUCAUUUUCCCUUUCAGCCAUUUGAACAGACUACUCUUUGGAACUCUGAGACAUUGUAUUAUUUUAUAUAGACAUGUCUUUUAAAAAUAGUUCAUGUUUGGAGAAUUGUUUUGUACCAUUUGCUUUUGUCUGAGAACCAUGUAUAUUUUUAUAACUUGUGUGUUCUGUAUAAUCUCUUUCUGUAUACUGUGUCCAUUUUCUAGAGAACCCAGUAGCUUUUAUACAGUCUCUUCUUACCACCUCUUGUGGUUUCAGAAUAAGCUUUAUUACAAGUAUACUAUACUGAUGACAACAAUUCCUGUCCAAUUCUACCUGUUUUAGUUGGGGAGGCAGUUUUAUAUAAUCUAAUUGAUCACUCUUUUAAAGACAAGGGUUCAAAAAACUUUGUCUCUCAUGUAAGUUUACCUGGUUUUCUAUUGAAGAACGAUUUUUCAUCAGAUAUUACUGCAUAUGUUUGGGAAAGUCAGCCAUAGCCAAGAAAGAUUCAUUAUGAAAGCAAACAGAAGAAACAGUAUAUUUUCAGGUUUUUCCCCAAUAAGUCUGAAGAAAAAAAAUCUUAUGUCACCAAUUUCUCUGUUGCAUGAAUUUUAGUGUUUUGCUCUUUGACAGCAUGGCAGUUAUCAAGCCAAAAUUUGUUUCUGUAGUUAAAGUAAAUUUUUCUUGAAUGUCUGUCUCUUAAAUCCAUUCUUAUUUGUCAGUUUUCUUUCAGCAAACAGUCACCAUUAUGUGGAAUUUUACUUUUCAGAGAAAAUUAAAUCAGUGAAAAAAAAUUCAAA